AUGGUGGCGGUUCCAAUCUGCACUCCCGCGAUGCAAUACGGCGCAAACGCCGAGAUGCAUCCGCUGCCAGCCCCCAUCCCGCCACAGUCACAACAGCAAUGUGUAGUCGCGAUGCUAGUUCCCGCUGGCCAGUUCCCAUAUGCGGCGACACAGCCGUCUAUGAUGUGCCAGGCGGAGAAGUUCGGACCUCAGGUGGCUCUGGGGCCUCCGGUGCCUCAGGAGAUCAUGCACCCGAACAUGCAGAUGACCCCGGUCCUGAAACCUUUCCAUGCACCUGGCGUCGGAAGCAGCACCUGCAGUGAAGAUGAACAUGGUGCUGCUGCGAGAGAGCUGCCAUCUCCUCCCGACACUGCCUCGGAGGCUGAGCACCACGAGAGCCUCGCCAAGCUGAGCACCAGCGCAGCGCGGCGGCUCCGGCGGAAGCGCGCCUCGCAGCGGGCCCUCACGCAAACCGCCGCACCGAAGCCCUGGGCCGGCACCGGUCCGGUUGCCGUGGGUCGAGUGUGGAACCCAGUGACGGAAAUCUUCGACUCCGCUGCGUACGAAGAUCUGCAGCAGCAGCUGCAGGGAAACUCUGAGCAGAUCUCGGCUGCCUUGGUGCUGUUGAAAGAUCAUGUUUGGGACCUGUCCUGCCAUCCUAUGGGUUGCCGCCUCAUCCAGCUGGCGCUCGAGCGCGCGAAGCCCCGCGAAGCAGCCGAGCUGGCAAGCGAACUCCGAGGCCAUGUCCGCGAGGCGCUGAUGUCGCCGCAUGCGAACUACGUGGCACAGAAGAUCGUGACUCAAUUGACAUGGAAUGGCUGCAGUUUUGUUGCAGAUGAACUGGAAGGUCUUGCGUCGAAGUUUGCUCGUCACCGAUUUGGAUGCCGUAUUUUCUGCCGCUUGCUCGAGUUCUACGCAUCGCAAGACGGCACCCAGCGCCUGGUGGACGAGGUACUUCAGGAAGCAGAGGAUUUGUGCUGUCAUCCGUUCGGUCACCACGUUGCCCAGUCCGUACUGGAGCACGGUACCGACCGCCACCGCGACGGCGUGGCAAAGACGAUUUGCUCGAAUCCGAUGGGUUUUGCCCAGAACCAGAACGCAAGUCCUUUGGCCGGCACGGAGGGCAUCAGGAGUUUUGGAUUGCAGGGCUGCCAGGAGAUUCGGACUCCAGGCGUGUGGAUUCGGGGUGAAUCGCAAUUUAGUUUAGUUGUAAAGCCUUUGAGAUGUUUACGAGAUUCGGCUUUGCACUUCGUUGAGGAUCGGGCCGUGAGCUUUGGGUCUUGGUUGGAGGCUUCCUGA